GCGAGACAGAGCUUGGAAGUGAGCACAAGGACCGCAGAGCGGAGCACCACUCUGAAAAGGCGUCGCGAGUUUCUUCGAAGAUAGAUAUGGAUGCGUAUGAAAAACAAAGGUGGACGGGACUUUAUAGGUUCUUGAACGUAAGCGGCUCGGGCCUAUUGACCAUUUCGGAACUCAUGGAGUAUCCAUGUCAUCUGUUACGGGAAGGAAAGGUGGAAGAUGCCUGUAGAAUAGCCAAAGUCUUAAAAAGAAUCUGGGACGCAAAUCUGGAACAAGCGGGCCGAUCCAAGGGGGAAACGUCCUUAAAUCUAGAAGACUGGAUCAAAGGCCAUUACGGUAGGAGCGAGCAGGAUUGGUACCACAAUGAAGCUAUUCCAUCUCUCGCAGGCGCCAUGUUUGACAUAAUGGACGAGAACCAUGACAACCUAAUUAGUCUCGCGGAGUGGCGAGAUCACUACAAGAGGCACGGGGUAAAGAACGAGGAGUUUGUCCGCUCAACUUUUGCCAAGAUGGAUACAAACAGCGACGGUUCCAUCUCCCGACAGGAAUUUGAGUACGCUUUAAAAAUGUACUUGAAACACGACCCGGACAAUGAUUACUCAUUUCUGUACACCGUUGAGUAGACAAAACUGAACAUACUCAAUGUGAUUCGAGCAGCUGUAACAUCAACGCUAAUCGGCAGACAUUAUUAAUCAGAUUCAGUGUGACAUAAACGCAAACCUAAUUCUAUCAGAUUCCCUUUGAGCAUCCAGUUACUCAUGUCGUAUGGCAUUUAUAUACAUAUGUUAUCCUUAACAAUUGGCAAGAUUCAAUCAGUCGGAUUCAUUUUGGCUGUUCACUUGC